AUGGGGUUUUCUCUCAACUUUUGCCUUUUUUCGCUCGGUUAUUUUAAACUAUAUUUUCUGGAUCAUAUUUUAAUGUGUUGUGCACGUUUUUGCAAAAUUUUUAGAGAAGACAGUAAUUCUAUGAACCGACAAAAAUACGACGAUUUUGAAGAUUUUAAAUUCGGAGAAAACUCUGCAGGAUUGACCCCAGAGGCUGGAGCUCUUCUCCAUGGAUAUGGAAUUGUUGCUCAGCUGUCGCUUAACGCUGUUCAAAAACUUCUCAGCGAGCAAAAAUCGACCCAGAAAAUAUCCGGAGAACAAUUGUUUGGAAUUUCCGAUGCUCCGUUUGCGGUUAAACUAAGAUGUAACUAUCCGGAUUUCCCACCCUUUUUGGGAAGCCAGAUUGACAUGGACUCCAUCCCGCUGAUGGAUGCGUCUUUCCCAACACACUUGUUUCUCGAAUUUUUUCAACUCGAUGAUCAAUUGUUCGACGAACCAGAAUAUCGGUCAGAGUUCGGAAAUUCGAGAUUGUUGAAGAACUAUGCCACCGAAGAGGCUAAAAAGAAGAAAUUCGUCCAAGUUUCGUCUGCUAAAAAAUCGUUCAAACUAAUACGUUUCGAGCUCAAUGCUCUCAAAGAGCUUCGUCUAGGAACAUUCAUAAUUGCCGAUGGAUCUUCACAAGGAUACUUCGCAAGAAGAAAAAGACACAUUGCCAAGAGCAAGGCCCACGACGCUGGAGAAGAGGAGGAGGAAUCUUAA